GACUACUCUCUCGAUAGUGUGAGUCAUUUCUUCGGGGCUUGUCAGACUGAGAAGUAGAGUUGUAUCGUUCACGUCAAUCUUUAAAAAACAACAAAAGAACUCUCAAUAAGCCUCUUCGUGGUAGAUUAUAUUACAACAGCUUUCUUUCACUCGCUAAUCUGUAUUUCUUAAACCACCUUCUUCGUUUGAAACGCUAUAGUAAUUGUGUUUACGACUGUUUGGCAACGCACUCAAGCGAGAGAGAAUUUACAAUUGUACGUGUUUACUUCUGCUUUAAAGCUGUGUUGCAGAAUUUCACUCCAUGGGUGUAAUGUCGUAGUGUCCUUAUCAGAUAUUUUUGUUUUUCGGAAUUGAUAGCGGCCUUUACGGAGAAUGACAACAAUACUACGUUGUUUUUCUGGAAGUACGUGUAGCACCAAAAGACCCAACAUUGAUGGGGCCUCAAUGGGAAAGCCUAAAAACAGUCAGCCGGCUCUUCACAAAGUUAUCAUGGUGGGAAGUGGAGGUGUGGGAAAGUCCGCUUUGACUUUACAGUUUAUGUAUGAUGAGUUUAUAGAAGAUUAUGAACCCACAAAAGCUGAUUCCUAUCGAAAAAAGGUCAUGUUGGAUGGAGAAGAGGUUCAAAUUGACAUUCUUGACACAGCGGGUCAGGAAGAUUAUGCUGCAAUUCGUGACAAUUAUUUCCGUUCUGGAGAGGGAUUCCUUUGUGUGUUUUCUAUAACAGAACAUGAAAGCUUCUCUGCAACAGCAGAGUUUAGGGAACAAAUUCUACGUGUGAAAGGUGAUGAAAACAUUCCCUUUUUGCUUGUUGGAAAUAAGACAGACUUAGAGGACAAAAGACAAGUUUCUGUUGAAGAAGCAGAAAAGAAAGCACAGCAAUGGGAUAUACCAUAUGCUGAAACAUCAGCCAAAACAAGAGCUAAUGUGGAUAAGGUUUUCUUUGACCUAAUGAGAGAAAUCAGAAACCGGAAGGUGGCAGAAAAUAAAUUAAAUAAUGGUGCAACAAAACUAGGACAGUAUAAGAAAAAGUGUGUAGUUUUAUAAGAAAAACAUCAUUUUGUCUUAAACCCAAUGUCUUUUAACAAAUUAUGAAAAAAAGGAUUUAUUAUAACUUUAAAUAUUUAAAACUUGGUAACAUACAAAAAAUUAACUACCUUUUUCAAAUUUCAAUAAUGAUUUCAAAAUAAAAGCAGUGGUGUCAUUUAGGUAAUGUGGGGGAAGGGGGUAAUUCCCCCUGUGCACACUCUCAUUUGUUUAUUUUGGAAACAAUACAUAUAAACAAGUUUUCUAGUUUGUACUAUUUGAAUUGCUAUCAGAUAAUAUAGGAAAUAAUUAGAGCAAAUAUUCUAAAAUAGACUGCUUUUUACAUUUUAACUUUUAAUAUGUCCAAGAGCAUCCAUUCAGCUCCUGGGUCACUAAUAGAAGCUUCCACCACCCCCUAUUAAAAUCUGAAAUGCUGCUCCUUGAUAAUAAAGGAAAAAUUACAGCUAAUUACAUUUUUAAUGACUGAUUAUCUGAGUAAAUAAAUUAACAACAAAUGUAACCAUAUCUAAAUAAAGUUUCACUUAAAUAACUUAGGUGUAGUUCUAGGUAUGUCAGUAAAGAUCAAAAGAAAGAAGCACAGUUUUCAGAACUCAAAAAAUCAAUGUAUUGUUAAAUGAAACAUCUAAAAUAAUAGAAGUUAUAAAAACGGACUGUGUCUUGUUUCUGAAAGACAAAUGUAUUAUUAUUAUUAUGACUUGUGUAACCAUGUUUGGCAUUAUAUAUUUCUUGCUUAAUUUCUUAUCAGAAAUAAUUAAUAUUUGUAAUAUUAACUCUAAACUGUGUGCAUGUGUUUUCAGCAAUAAGUCAUUGCCAUUUGUAAUGCAAUUACAGUUAAUUUCUAGUUCUAGUUUAGAGAAAAAUAUAAAUGUUCUAAAAUACACUGUUACAGAAUUUUUAAAUUUAAGAUAUAUUUUAUGUUUAUGAAAUAUAACUUUAUAUAGUUGUAGCAUAGGUUUUUUCUUGGUAUUUUGAAGAAAUAUUUCACACAUGUUUUCUGUAUACUUAUCCAAACAUGAUAAUUGUUCAAAUUUUCAAGGGUUCAUAUAUUCCAUCAUGCUCUUCACAGGCUUGAAGGGUAAGUAGCAGUUAUAUUUUAUGGAUGAUUGUAAUACAAGAAUUCCCGUAAUUUCUCAGAUAGUAAAAUUAUCCCUGCACGUAAAGAUCGUACAAAAAAAUAACAGUAAAUACUUGGGAAUAGUAGUUGUGGGAUGAGCUAGUGAUAAUAAAAUAACUUGUAUGAUUUAAUUUACGUUGUCAUGCAAGGCCCGUGAACUUUUUCUCAUAUAAUUAUUUUAUGAUGCUGUGUUCUGCAACCAUUGUGUGAAAACACAGUAAACCAAAUUGUUGUUUUUCUAACACGAAAAAAAUGAUGUAAAGACUUCUACAUUAAUGCACUUUGAACUAUUGCUGCAUAUAUUACUGUUUUGUCGGAUACAUUAUAUAUUAUUGGCAUAGUUAGAAAUUACGCUAAAUGAAAAAAAAAAGAAAUUUCGAAACUUAUUGUGUCAUUGAUCUUAUCACAGCUAAAGUAAACCUAGAAAGAAUCGGAAUUACCGAUACAUUUAUAUAACUUGAUACUCCGUAAUGUAGACCAAGCGAAACUAAUGUACAAAAGAUGUGGAUUGGCGUGAAAUUUUUCUUUUCAAAGAUUUUUUUACAUGCCAUAAAUAUUCAGAGGGGUUUCAGUUUCAUAUUACUUGCUAACGAGUUUUAAAACCAAAUUUAUCGUUUAUAUUUUUAAAAAUCAGCCUCACAGUAGUCGCUUCCCAAUCAAAA